CAAUCGCCACGCGUCACUAUUUUCGGCGCAAGGUGUUGCAGUUUUCUUCUGCGAACAAGCCAUUGCUAGUAUCUUCACGUUAUCCCGCGUCACCGUGGAUUGCACGAGCAUAUUCAGGGAUUCCGGAACUGAGGAUGUCCCAGCCUUCUUAUACCACAGAAGGGAAGCAGACUCUGAAGAUUGUGCUGUCUAUCCAGGCUCCUUCCUGACGCACGUAAUUAAAUGUUUCUGAUGCAGCAAAUCUCUACCCUGCUCAACACAGUGGAGCUGAUACUGUCCAUCCUGCGCGCCAGACGGAACAAGCACCACCUACAGCAACACCUACCGCUAUGCCGCCUUUUCGCCAGUUUCGUGAACGAGAAGAGGAAUCACUCGAGUGGUCGCAACAGUUCGAAGCACACAUACUUGCUCACAACGUAUCAGGUCCCCAUGUCCCAGAGGAGGAUCUGCUACUGGCCGGGGCAGACGGACUGGGCUCGGGACUGGCUGUUUCUGGACCUCGACGACAGCGACAGCGACAGCGACGACGAGCUGAACGCGGCCCGCCUAGGCGCCACCACGUCGUGCUAUGACCCGUCCGCGGCUCCAGACGCUUGCUGCUGCUCGUACAAUCGGCCCUGGCGCCACACUCCUGCGGUAAAGUCUGGCUUCUCCAAAAUCGAGCGCAGCAAGGACGGCUUCAAGGUUACCUUGGACGUCCAACAUUUCAAAGAAGGGGAUUUGAAAGUGAAAGUGGUCGGCAACCAGGUGGUGGUUGAGGCGGAGCACGAUGAACGUCAAGAUGAGCACGGCCUCAUCUCACGCAGCCUGAGGCGCAAGUACGCGUUGCCGGAAGACGUGGAUAUCGAGAAAGUGGCAUCAGAACUAUCCUCAGACGGCAUCCUCACUAUCACUGCUCCGAAGAAGGAGACUGACCGACUUGCGCGAGGGAGUGAGCGCUUGAUCCCCAUCAUAAAAGUUAAUAAACCUGCCCUCACAAGCAAGAUGAAGGGAGAUAAGGAGGCGACGCCUGGCACAUCGCGGAGUGAUGUAGUGUCAGGCAGCGACGCCGGAGAUGCCGACGACGAAGGCGGUAACGACGACGGCAGCGGCGGUAACGACGACGGCAACGGCGGUAACGACGACGUCAGUGGCGGUAACGACGACGGCAACGGCGGUAACGACGACGGCAACGGCGGUAACGACGUCAGUGGCGGUAACGACGACGGCAACGGCGGUAACGACUACGGCAACGGCGGUAACGACGACGUCAGUGGCGGUAACGACGACGGCGACGGCGGUAACGACGACGGCGACGGCGGUAAAGCCAGCUGCGCCUGCGGUAACGACGACGGCAACGGCGGUAACGUCGACGGCAACGACGGUAACGUCGACGGCAACGACGGUAACGACGACGGCAACGACGGUAACGACGACGGCAACGACGGUAACUACGACGUCAGUGGCGGUAACUACGACGUCAGUGGCGGUAACGACGACGGCAACGGCGGUAACGACGACGGCAACGGCGGUAACGACGACGGCGACGGCGGUAACGUCGACGACAACGGCGGUGAUGGUGGCGACUUGGGCUAGUGGAUGCCAUUCUGCCUGAGUUUGUUGAGGUUCAGAUUUGAUUAUGUACUUUCAGUGUAAGAACUGUAAUUUCUAGCUUCACUAGACAUAGGUUCAGUAAAUACAAUGUGCCAAAUGCAGUAUCGUAGCACUGAUUUUGUUAGCUGCUCCUCAAAUACAUGCGUCUCAGUAAUACAGCAAGUGUAACUUUUAAAAUAAUGAUGUAGAUAAUUUGAGCUCAGAACAUAAA